AUCUCUGGCUGAGUCUCUUUAGUAAUCCCUCCUCAGUGGUGGGUACAUUUUUUGGUCCCGCCACAAAGCCCAGCGUUCGUACUCCUUCCCUUCUAUAUAUUCUCCAUGGGUGGCCCAAAAACAGAAAACAUUGUAUUCUCGCAGAUUUAGUUGAUCAAAUUUUUUAUGUGCAGAAGUGAUAUGAAGACAGCUUUUAUUGCUGUAUUAUUGCAAAGGAGACGCAGAUUUAUACGUAUCCCAGACAAUGAGCAAGCCAACAUAUGAACCAGAUAAUUACUGUUUACAAUCAACAACGUGCGGUGAAGAUCAUAUAAUAAUACCUCACACUUUCACAAGACCCGUGAGUAUAGGAAUUUACGGUCACCCUGCCCACGAAUCCAGCCAAUAUGAUCUUCUAGUGUGCCAGAUAGUCCUUGCUGGUGACGAAGUAUUCGAUGAAGAUAUUUCGACAAAUGGUUUAGAGGAAAAGACAUUAAAGAAAAAUAACAAAACGUCGUUCAUCCUCGCAAUCUUGUGGGCGCUAUUGGACCAAUUUAUUCACGUACUAUUCUAACAAUGUUGGAGUAUGAGAAUCAGAUGUUCCUGGAGGCUCUGCAGGAUGAUGGUCUCUUGAUAUCAGCAAAAGGACUGGGACUGGAAGCUGUUUUCACAAAUAUAUUGAAGGUUUACUCGGACCCCGGAAACCUCGUGAUUGUCUUAGGGAUGACUGAUCAUUAUGAGCAAUUUUUUAUACAUAAAUUAAAGGAAAUGAAUGUGAAGCCAUUGCCCAAAGUGAUGACUGCGCAAAUUUCAUCAGCAGAGAGAGAGAUACUGUAUCUCGAGGGUGGAGUUCUAUUCCUGUCCGGACGGAUUUUCGUCGUUGAUUUAUUGAAACACAGAGUUCCGUUGGAUUUAGUAACUGGGAUUUUGGUGUGGAGGGCACAUGGGAUCAUGAAUUUGUAUCAAGAAGCCUUCUGUCUCCGAUUGUACAGGCAAAAUAACAAAACUGGCUUUAUUAAAGCUUUCACAAACUCGGCCUUGACUUUUACAGUCGGUUUUGAACCAGUUGAACACGUUAUGAAGACUUUGUUCGUUAAACAUCUGUUCCUUUGGCCGAGGUUUCAUACUACUGUUACAAGUAGCUUGUCUGCCUGCAAGCCUGAAGUAAUUGAACUCCAUGUAAAAAUAACGAAGAAAAUGCAGAGAACUCAAAUGGCUCUUCUUGAUAUAAUGAACUUCGUUAUUAAGGAGCUUAAGAGAUUAAAUAAGUAUCUAGAUCUGGAGGACUUAACAGCCGAAAAUGCAAUUUCCAAGAACUUUUACAAACAGCUGCAACAUCAACUCGAUCCAAUCUGGCAUCAGCUUGGGUCUGCUACCAAGCAGCUCGUAACUGACUUGAAAUUACUCUGCACUUUUCUCACGUAUCUAGAGUCUAAUAAUGACUAA